AUGAUAAUUUAUGGAACUUUUGAUUAAAACUUUAGAAACUAAAAUAUCAACAUAAAGCCUUUUUAAAUUGAUAUUUCACCAAAUAGUACAAUAGAAGAGUUAAAAGUAUAAUUACGUUAAACAAUAUUAGAUAUUAAUAACUCUUUAAUUCACAAACUUGCAUUUGGAAGACUUUGAUAUACUUAAUAGAUAAAGAAUAAGAUUAAAGGAAUCUGAUUCUGUUUAAGCUCUUUAUUAAGAAAGAUAAGAUGUUACUUAAAUUUUUGUAGCUAAUUCUGGCAUUUUAAAUGUCUAAUGUUGCUUCAUUAUGUGA